CGGCGUGUUGUCGAUUGAUGUGGCUGUUGUUGACAGCUGAACAAGCGCCAGCAGAUAAUAAUAAAGCCUGCAGAGUUGCAUCGUCGACAACAGCUGCUGAACAGCAGCAUCUCAGCUCACGGGCUAGGACGCAUCAGGGCACCUCAUGCCGCCCAUCCCAGAUACCCGCGCAUGCACAUUGCAUGAUUGCCCUAUCGACCCCAGCCUCCUCCAUUUAGCAGGGCCGAUCAGCAGCCAUCGUAUGCAUGGCAUCAUCGUCCUCCCGUAGACGAGUCUGGACAACCCGCGCGGCGGCCUGGUAUCGUCGUCUGUUCGGCAGCGGCUUCCUAAGCAUCCGGCCUUAGUCGCCCAGCUCAUCCAUGGCGAACACCUGGGCACAGGCGGUUUAUCUGCUUGUUGUCCGUUGGCUCCAUUCAGACCCUGGGCUGGGAGUCCGAAUGGGGGUCGGAGAGCCUAAUAAUGUAUGGUUCAGCUCAAUUCAGGAUCGGAAAAGUCCAUGUCCCAUCGCCAAAAAGGGCCAAUGGCAAGUCUCGCAGCAUCAUAACCUGCUUUCAACAUUGCCUAUUGCUUCGCCGUGCUCUAGCUGGCAGGUUCAGCCCUGUUGAAUGGUCACCGCUGUUUCUUCCAUCACCAUGCGUCGCCGGAAACCUCGGCGUGGCCAGGCUGGAGCAGAGAUGUCGUCCAAGAGAGAGACAAUGUCUAAAACUCCCCGCGUGGCUUUCGGUGCAGAUCCAUCCAUCGCCAGCGGUCUGCCUUGGCGCCUGCCUCGGACAGGUCGUGCAGAAAGCUCUCCUUGUUUCCCCUCACAAAUGGACAUGCCGUGAUCAUGACCGUCAGGACGAGUACUCCAAGACGCCGAGUCUGCAUCAGGUGCCCGCUCUGGACCACUAUUGGUUGGGGACAGUUCGCCCCCUCGGGUCGGUGGUCAGCAAGUCGCUGCUCAACCAGCGUAUCACAAGCGUGAAAUGCCAACUUGCGACCGCGGACGCACACAGAUACGGCUACAAUUCUCGCGCUUGCCCGCCGCCCAGUUUCAUGAACCACGAGUUCGUCAAGCCCGUUGCCACUGGCGGCCACUUGACAGGCUCAGUCGCUCGACAGCGUAAGGAAAUCGGGGCACAGCCGCACAGUCGCCUUGUGGGCUUGUGCGCAACGCACGCAACUGCAGCCACGCGCGCCAUGCACCUCGUCUGCAUAUUAACUUGGGGAUCACACCCAUACGCGGAGGUUUCGCGUUUGUUGCAAAGUCAAUCGUGUAUGGGGAAAUGUUACAGGUCGACUCACGGGUUCACAGCUGGGAAAUCGUCAAUCGAGCUGCUUGAUGCAGGCGCCGGCCGAGUACGCGUGAUAUCAAGCUGCAGCAAGCGCUGUCUGUCCGACGAGCACAGCAGCAUCUGUCAACGCCGCACCUGCCUUUGUGUCUUGAGGCACAACACGAUUGCUUGUUGACACCUGCAAGUGAGGCGCACAGCUGGAGAGAAUUUCCCCUCUGUGAAACAUUUCCGAGCGGUGGGCUUCUGGUGAACUGGUGGCGAACCAGCAGUGCCGGCGGCAAUGGACAGUCAAGCUACGGGAGCGACAUGAGCCUGCCGUGCGCGUCCAGUUGUUUGUGGCUGUACGGAGUAGCGA